GCCCUAGCCUAGGUGCAGGCUGUGAACCGUAUGGAACUGGCUUAUAUAAUCCGUACAAGUUACGAAGGUGUCUCAACUCUGAACAGUCUCUGCAACUCCGUACUCGUUGAUGGCAGUUUCGUUUAACCAAAACCGCGUCUUCUUUUUUCGAAACUCGCUUCUUCCUCUCUCCCAUGGCUACUGCUACUGCGGCAGCUACUAGUAGUUUCCUCCUCAUUUUCUAUAAUUUCCAAUUCUCUAAACAUUCACCGCUCCUUUGCUUCUCUUCCAAAUUUCUCCUUCUGUUUCUUGAUUCUCCGAUUUCGAGAGCAACAAUUUGAGCAAAGUGCUUUCUGGAAAGUGGCGUUGAUGCUACAGUAUGUGCUGUGGAUAAUUUUUGUCAGAAUUUCUAGGGUUUCGCACAAAUUCUUUUAGCUUUUUAGUUGGAUUUUUUCGUUUUUGGCUUCUGCUGAGAGAAUUUUGAAGAGUUGCUAGGAAGCUUAGGAAGCAGGAAAAAAAAAUACUAGAAAGGGAAAAAACUUUAUACGGGAAAGUUCGGGAAGCAUUGAAGCUCCUACGUGCUUCCCUUGCUGGGUUUGAGUAGCACAUCUGUUUUUUGUAGUUGGACUUGCCUUAGGUAGUUAGGUUUCUUAAGCGUGCCAUUUCUGAGCGGGAAAAACUCCCCGUGAGGCAUGAUUGACAGGAAAAUGAUGUGAAUUUUGAGCAAUUCUGAUGUAACUUGCAAGAGAUGAUUUGAGAAAGUGAAUAGCUAGGUUUUGGGAGUGGCUAUUGGCUUCUUUUGAAAAUUGAUAAUAGGGAUAAUUGUGUGACAUGGAUAUCGAUAUGGUGGGUGGUGGUGGAGAUGCUCCUUAUUUGGACCCUGAGUUGUUGCAGCUUCCAGAAGUGUCUCCAUUUGUACUCAAAGCGAGUCCUCAGCUUGCAGAGGAGUUGUUCUCUCAGUGGCUGUCACUUCCAGAUACCAUACGACUGGUGAAAUCUUUAAUUGAUGAUGCAAAAGUUGGCAAUCCCGUUAACUUCUUUGGGAUCUCCGUUAAUACAAGUGCUUCUGGGGGCAAUUCAUUGCCUUCCUUGUUUCCUGCUGGUAGUGCACCUCCGCUUUCACCAAGAAGUUCAUCUGGUUCUCCACGCAUGUCCAAGCAAAAGACAGGCCCUUCUUCUUUGGGUUCUCCAUUAAAAUUAGUUAGUGAACCAGUACAAGAAUUCAUACCUCAGUUCUAUUUUCAAAAUGGUCGUCCACCGGCGAAUGAACUGAGAGAACAAUGUAUCUUGAGAAUUAAACACUUUUUCAGUAAUCAUUUGGAUGGAUUGCGAAUAGAUGAAUUUAAAUCUAUUACAAAGGAAAUUUGCAAGUUACCGUCUUUCUUCUCCUCUGCAAUUUUUAGGAAGAUAGAUAGUGACUGCUAUGGGAUAGUGACAAGGGAUGCAUUCAUUAAAUACUGGGUGGAUGGCAAUAUGCUGGCCAUGGACAGAACAACUUGCAUAUUCAAUAUUCUAAAGCAGCCAGAACACUAUUACUUGAUACAGACUGACUUCAAACCUGUUCUUCGAGAACUUUUGACAACACAUCCAGGGUUGGAAUUCUUACAAAGCACACCUGAGUUUCAGGAAAGAUAUGCUGAAACGGUCAUAUAUAGAAUAUUCUAUUACAUCAAUAGAUCAGGAAACGGCCGGCUUACCCUUAGGGAGCUGAAACGUGGUAAUGUCAUUGCUGCAAUGCAACAUGCAGAUGAAGAGGAGGACAUUAACAAAGUCCUGAGGUACUUUUCUUAUGAACAUUUCUAUGUUAUAUACUGCAAGUUUUGGGAACUGGAUACAGACCAUGAUUUCUUGAUUGAUAAGGAGAAUCUCCUUCGAUAUGGGAAUCAUGCCCUCACCUACAGGAUUGUUGACAGAAUAUUUUCACAGGUUCCAAGGAAGUUUACUAGCAAUAUUGAAGGGAAAAUGGGCUAUGAAGAUUUUGUUUAUUUUAUGCUUUCAGAAGAGGAUAAGUCAUCGGAGCCUAGUCUUGAAUAUUGGUUCAAGUGCUUAGAUUUGGAUGGAAAUGGCGUGUUGACACCCAAUGAAAUGCAAUUCUUCUAUGAGGAGCAGUUGCACCGUAUGGAGUGCAUAUCUCAGGAGCCUGUGCUAUUUGAGGAUAUCUUGUGUCAAAUAGUCGAUAUGAUCGCACCAGAGGUAGAAGAUUAUAUAACAUUGCGUGACUUGAAAAGAAGCAAACUCUCGGGAAAUUUUUUCAAUAUUCUGUUCAAUCUCAAUAAAUUCAUGGCUUAUGAAAGCCGUGAUCCAUUUCUAAUUCGCCAGGAACGUGAGGAACCAAAUUUGACAGAGUGGGAUCGCUUUGCACAUAGGGAGUACAUCAGGCUUUCAAUGGAAGAAGAUGUGGAGGAUGUCUCAAAUGGAAGUGCAGAUGUUUGGGAUGAAUCACUUGAGGCUCCUUUCUAACUCUACGAGCUGCCUGUGUAAAUGUUUCUUGUUGCAUUUUUGAGUUUUGGCGCAAAAGGGAAAUUACUCCACAAGUGAAGCUUAUCGACAUAUGCUACUUCAGAGCUCUACAUUCAGGGUUGGGCGUGUCUUGGACAUGCCUAUUGUCCAAUAAUCUGUGCUUGCCCUUUGCUGCACCCCAUGACCAUGUGGUGUCAAAUUCUUGAUUUGCCUGGGGAGUCAUUUGAAGUGAGAGAUGGCUGCUUGUCCGGUUGUUCACCACCCAGUUGACAAUAGUUCAUACUGGUAUCAUAGCUUCCAGAUGCUCAGCUACAUUUCUGGUUGAUUUUCCUUUCCUUAUGCUUCUUUUCUAUGGUAAAAAUGGCUGGUAUCAUUUUUCUGUUCCCAUGAAAUUGGUCUUCAGAAGGAGAUUUAUUCCAUCUUUAGCCUUUCGUCAACGUUUCAAUGUUCUUUUGUUGGUUCAUGAUCAAGACGAUGACCUUUCUGCUGAGAAAUGAAUGUGGGAAACAACACUUUCUGAUAUGAUACGUUUGUGAAGACUGAUGUACUUAAUAUACUAUCAUAUCCUUGGGACGUAGAAUAAAACAGGACUCUACAUCCUAUCAUACGCAUACAUCCUCAUCUAUCUUUGUGAAGUCCUCUUUCAUUGUUGCACAGCCUCGUUUACAUUAAUGCAAUGUUUGGCAGGCUGUCGUGCAAUAUGAUGCAAUAAAAUUUGAUAUUGAGAUUCAA